GCCCAACAACUUCUCAGUUCUCACACCUUUUUGGUUCGUUCUUAGAAAUCUUAAACAUCGUUCCCAACUUCCCGUAGUUCUAACAGCUCGGUCUCGUUGAUCAGUGCUCACAACAAUCCCACCACCUAACCCCAACUCGUCUUUUAUGAAAGCAACUACUAUUUAUAUGAAGUUAUAUAUGAACUAGUUGUAUAAAACCCCAUUUCAUUUUCACAAUUUCACGUCAGAAGGAGAGAAGGAGAGAGAGGAAAGCUUUGGACUCACCAUGUCUGAGAUAGUCAGCGAGGCUUGGAGAAAAUACCUUAUACAACUUCAGUCCCACCCUCUCAGGACCAAGGCAAUUACAGCAGGAGUUUUGGUCGGGCUUAGUGAUGGAAUAGCCCAAAAGAUCUCUGGGAUCAAAAAGCUUCAACUGAGAAGACUGUUUCUUAUGAUGCUCUAUGGGUUUGCAUAUACCGGGCCGUUUGGACACUUUCUCCACAAACUGAUGGAUAUAAUAUUCAAGGCAAAGAAGGACAAUAAAACUAUCGCAAAGAAGGUUUUGCUGGAGCAGUUAACUUCAUCUCCUUGGAACAACAUGUUUUUCAUGAUGUAUUAUGGCUUGGUGAUUGAAGGAAGACCAUGGAGUUUAGUCAGGACGAAAGUUCGGAAGGAUUACCCCUUUGUACAGUUGACUGCAUGGAAGUUUUGGCCUAUUGUUGGUUGGGUGAACUACCAGUAUAUGCCUCUGCAGUUUCAGGUUUUGUUUCACAGCUUCAUUGCUUCAUGCUGGGCUAUAUUCCUUAAUCUGAAGGCUAGAUCAGUGGUGAUAAAACAGGCCUAGGACUGAACAUCUUUCUUCUUUUUUUAGUUUUGUGAAAAUUUGUAAUUGCAAUUAUUAUCCUUUGUCUUGGUAGCUGUAUUAGCAUUCUGAAUGCCUUCGAUUUGAGUUUCUGUUUCACGGUUGAAUGUUGUAGAAUGUACUUGGGAAAUUCACUUAUAUUUCCAGAAGAUCAUUU